AUGCCGGCGUCGCGCAGCGGGGCGCAGGGGCUCUUCAUGGCGGAAGCGGUGAAGGUGAACGACGAGCUCGGCCCCCCCUUCAGCCCCGCUUGGAGCCUGGGCGAGCUGAAGCAGAGCAUCAGGGAGAACCUGCCCCCGCGGAACGAGACGGAGGCGCAGGGAGCAGCGAGGGGCAUCAGCUCCACAAAGAAGGCCGAGCUGAUCGAGGAGGCGACGGUGGUCGGGGCCCACAUCGCGCCGAACAUGACGAGUGCAGUCCUCCAGAAGACCACGCUGGAGCCGACCGACUACACGGUCCUCAUCCAGUACCCUCCCUACGCCGAGUGGGCCAAGAUGGAGGCGAACUCCGAGAGCGGCUGGGAGCUCAUCAGGACAGUGGGCGUUCCGAUGAAGGACGAGCUUGCGGACGAGGUGAAGCAGGCCGCAGACUCGGGGGGGAAGCAGGCCAACCGCCGCGUCCAGGAGGAAAUGCUAUCAGCACUGGGCCAGCUCAACCAGAGGGUGGAGAGGCUCGAGGAGCAGCCGAGGGCACCGAGCACAUCCGACGGGGGCUUCAAGUGGGUUCCAAUCCGAAUGGUCUGGGCGGGGUCUGAACCGCGGGGGCUGGGCCCACGGAGGCAGCGCUGGCUCGCGAGGUGCAUCAAUGAGACCGACCACACCGAGGACCUCGAGGCGCCACUCGCCCGUGGAGGGGUCAAGCUAAUGGAGGUGGCCUGCAGUCCAGCCCCCAUCCUGAGCGCGAAGAUGGCCGAGAAGUUUGGCGAGGCGAUCAAGGAGCACAAGGGUGCGGCGCAGCUAGUAUACGACCAAGUGGCGCAGGGCAAGCACGCGCACUGGGAAUGGCCCGUCAAGUGCGAGGGGUGGGGCCACGCCAUGAUCUGGCAGAUGGUGGAGGACUGCGCGAUGACCGCGGUCAUGGUGGCCGGGUGCCAGCUCGGGGAAAAGAACGAGAAGGGUGACCCGCUUCUCAAGGAGAUCGCCGCGACGCCCCCAAAGAUGGCGGCGAGGAUGGCCACCGAGUGUCCAGGAAGUCAUCGGCAUGGCGAGCUCACAGGAGGUGGACUCACAGCAUCCACGAGCUACUAUACAGACGAGUUUGCGAAGAGAGCGGCGCGUACCAUGAUUGAGGAGAGCUUGCCCGAUUACCACGAGUUCAUGAGGAAGCUGACCGAGACCAUGGUGCCUGAGGAGCAGGCCCUGACCGCAGGCAAAGAGAAAGGCUCCACGGAUGCGGACCUGGGCUCCAAGGAGUACCAGAAGAUCAUGCGAUGGCUCACCUCUGUGCAUGGGGGAUCGGGCCACCACAGUUCGAAGGCCCCCAUGCUGAACGCGCCGAGUAGAGAGGGUGCGAGCCUUCAGCUGCUGCGCGUGGCAGAGGAUUUCCAGUGCGAUGCCCAUGCUGAGGCGAACCACCACCGACCGACGCAAGCACCAGUCCGCCUCGAACCCAUGCCCCCAAAGUGGAAGCGCAUCCAGCCCGAUCAGUCCGAGUGGGGGCGCCCUCAGAAGAAGGCGAGGUCCAAGUUCUCACUGAUCACAGAGGAGAGCUACAUGGUGAGGGUCAGCAAGCUGCUCUACCACAUGACGGGUGAGGCUGCAGAGCACUUCGACUCCGACUCUAUCGUGUACGAGGCGGUCCCAGGGCAGGCCCACGGACAUAUCUCCCUCGCGGAAGAGGCUAUCCAGGCCACGAAGGGGACGAUGGACAGGCACGUGGUGGAGAUCCCAGAGAUGACCGCCGAGGAAGCCCUCGCCCGAGCUAUAAGCUACUGCAGCGGGGAAACUCUCGGGUGGACGUUCAAGGCCCAGCGGGCCGGCCGGGGGCAGGGCGAGAACUACACGAAGAUGCACGCCGCAGGGCAGGAGUACUUGAGGCAGGUCUACCCGCGACGGAUCAGGCGGGCGGAGAACGCGAAGAACCAGGCGCUGAAGGCCGCGGCCCCUAGCGCGUGGGCGCACUACUUCCGCGAGGAGAAGGGCGAGACCAAGGGCUGGUUCAAGGGCCUCGCGCGGGCGUUCGCUGCGGAGACCAGUCGCCCGGCGGGCGGUGACCGCGGGGAGAACCAUGCCAUGCAUCCAGGACGGGUUGGGCCGGUGGCAUGGCUGGCCCGGGCAGGCCGCAUCAUCGAGGUGGACCUGUGCCAGAUCUUGCGGAAGUCGAUCCGAAAGAAAGGGGAUCAUCCCGGCGGCACCAUAGACGAGGUGGAGGCAGCGAGAGCUGCAUCAGCCGAGGAGACCAUGAAGGAGAGAGCUGCCCUCAUGGCCACGGCCUCACCAGAUGCCCGGGAUUUCUGGACAAGGCGGGGCACGUCGCUGGAGGCGUCGGUGGAGGUGCCUCUCGCAGGAAAGGCCCUGAAGCAGGCCACGAGACACAUGGGCACCUACAUGGCGGGCCAGCUGCGCAAGGACGCCAUGCGCGCGCGGUGGAUCCUGGAGCGGAAGGUAGACGAGGCCACGGGCGAGAAGAAGCCGAAGGCCAGGAUCGUGGUUCUAGGCUACACGGACCCAGAGCAUGAACACCGCCCGACGACAGCACCCACCAUGACACGUACAUCUCGGCAGAUGGUGUUGCAAGUGAUGUCAUGGUUUGGCUUCAAGGGGUUUAGCGCAGAUGUGACCGGAGCUUUCACGCAGAACCGGGUGAUCCAGCAUGACCUCUUCGUGAUGCCAGUCAAGGAGCUGGCCACUGCCCUUGGGGUGUCCGAGGGUGCCGCGAUGAGGCUUCGGAAGGCCGUGCGCGGGCUCGUGGAAGCAGCCAUCGAGUGGUUCAUGACAGUCAGUGAGGAUCUUGAGGAGUUUGGCUGGACCAAGAUGAAGAUGGAGGCGCUGCGGGCCUUCGUGGACCCCGAGAAGCUGGACAGGCUGAUCGCGGCGAAGGGCGACCUCGACAUCCUGGCCAUUGCCGGCUCGCACGUGGACGACUUCUUGAUUGGGAGAAAGGAGUCUGAGCCACGGUGGAUAGCAGCACGGGAGAAGAUCGAGGAGCGCUUCAAGUGGAGGACCUGGGAGACCUAUAAGUUCAUUCAGAUUGGCGUCCGGAUCGUGCAGCUGGUCGACAAGAGCUUCCGCAUGGACCAGAGCGAGCACAUCAAGACCAUCGAGAAGGCAGAUAGGUCCCCCGAGCGCAAGAAGAACAAGGCCCAGGUGCUCGUGCCCAUCGAGUGGUCCGACUCCUCAGAGUCCAACCAGCCAGACCGGGAGUCUACCAAGGGCCUGGCGGACGUGGGCAUGAUGUCCUGGAAGUCCAGCAAGAUAGAUCGUGGGUGCCAGAGCUCAGUCGCAUGUGAGACGAUGUCCGCAGUGGACGGAGAAGAUGAGCUGUUCGGAGACAAACUACAGUGGCUAGGGACCCCAGGCAACAGCAUCGACUGGCGGAUCCCAGAGGAGGCCCUGUCCAGUCUGCCAGCUGCCGUGGUCGCGGACGCCAAGGGCCUCUACGACAAGCUACAGACGGCCGCGCGCACCUUCCGGGGCAAGGAGAAGCGUACCGACGCGGAGGCCAUGACCCUGAAGGAGGGGGCGACAGCCGCCAACAACUGGGCUUUCUGGGUACAUGGGGACGCCCAGUUGGCGAAGUCACGAAGGGACACGAGCCAGGUCAGCUGA